CUGGUUCAGGCUAUAAAAUGAAAGUGCUCACUAGAUGACAAGAGCUGCUGGUGGAAACAUGGACAGAUUCUCGCUUUCCAGGCUGUUUCUCCUUGUGGCUGUACUAUGGUCUGAGAGUUUCUCUAGAUUUCCUGAACCUUGCCUUGAUGAUCCCGACUACGAUGAGCUGGUGAAGAUUGCCGAAAACGGGCUCGGAAAGGCAGCUCAUCCAGUGAAGGUGGUCAUUGUAGGGGCAGGCAUAAGUGGACUCACUGCUGCCAAACUGCUCAGAGAUGCCGGUCACAUGGUUACAGUUCUGGAAGCCAGUGGUCGUGUGGGAGGACGAGUCAGGACCUAUCGAGAUGAGACACAAGAUUGGUAUGUGGAGUUGGGAGCCAUGCGUUUGCCAAGCACCCACAGUAUUGUUCGUCAAUUUAUUAGGCAAUUCUCCCUUACGCUAAACAAGUUUUCUGAGACGGAUGACAACGCCUGGUAUUUGGUUACUGGUGUCAGGACAACAGCUGGGAAUGUCAAAAAGAACCCAGAUAUCUUGAGUUAUACUCUGGCUCCCUCAGAGAAAGGCAAAUCUGCUAAGGAACUUUAUGAAGGAAUUCUGCAGAAGGCCAGAGAGAAGUUCCAGAGCACAGAUUGUGAAAAGUUGCUGGAUCGGUAUGACAGCUUUUCCACCAAGGAGUACUUGAUUAAAGAAGGGAAUUUAAGCCUUGGGGCUGUACAGAUGAUUGGAGACUUGAUGAAUGAGGGUGCUGGAUUCCACAGGUCAUUUCUUAACUCUCUCAUGGAAUUUAAUAUCUUCUUUCAUGAAGACGGUUUUGAUGAGAUCACAGGGGGAUUCGACCAAUUGCCCCUGGCCUUCUACCGGUCUAUGCCUGGAGUUGUCCAGCUGACCUGCACAGUAGAGCAGAUAAAAUACAUUGGUAACAAGGUCCAAGUAUUGUACCAUAGUGCACACGACACAUGUAGCCCCUCCUCAGUGAUGGCUGAUUAUGUCCUUGUCACAGCCACAGCAAAAGCCACGAGACUUAUCAAAUUUUUGCCACCGCUUUCCUCCAAUAAGACCCAUGCCCUGCGCGCCAUUCACUAUGCCAGUGCCACCAAGGUUGCCUUGGCCUGCACUGAAAAGUUCUGGGAGAAGGAUGGGUUUCGAGGUGGGCCGUCAAUCACAGAUCGUCCUUUUAGAUUCAUCUACUAUCCCAACCACAGCUUCUCUAGUGGGGAGGGGGUGAUUGUGGCUUCCUACACGUGGAACAACGACGCUGAAUUCUUUCUUCCCCUGAGUGACAAGAAGUGCAUUGAUGUGGUACUGGAGGACCUGGCAGAAAUCCACAACAAAUCCACAAAGUAUCUCCGGUCUGUCUGUAAUAAGCAUGUGAUAUAGAGAUGGAACCUGGACAAAUAUUCCAUGGGAACAUUUGCCUCAUUCACCCCCUACCAGUUUGCUGACUAUUCCGGGCCUUUUGUUUCAGAAUGAAUGGAGGGUCCACUUUGCAGGAGAACACACAGCCCAGCCUCACUCCUGGAUCGACACUGCUAUGAAAUCUGCUGUGAGAGCAGCAAGGAACAUCCACGUAGCUAGCAAUCUGUCAUGGGGGAA